ACCAAAAAUUUCUUAUGCCAUACCAAAAUCUUGGAAAGAUUUGAUGGAAAAAUAUUGGCAUCAAGAUCCAGAAAAGCGGCCUGAUGUUAAUAAACUUUACACUCUAGUUAGAAGAAUAAGAAAUCGUGGUUCAGCGUGGAUAAAUAAAGAUAUUGAUAAAGAUGAAUUAGCUGCAUCUACACGCGAACUAAAUAAAACAGACAUUAGAAAGCAAAACCUUCAUCCAGGAGCCAUUUACACAAGCAGAUUAGUUCCUUGCCUUAGCAAUACAUCAACAGUUCAUAGUGAUGAUGAUUUAUUUGCAUCCA